CCAACCAUGGUUUCUACCUUGCUCUCCUUGAGUGUCUCCCAUCUGGUCCUGUGGGCUACUGGAUUGAUCUUGGUCUUAGGCUUCCUCAAGCUCAUCCGUCUGCUGUUGCAGAGACAGAUGCUGGCCAGGGCUAUGGACAGUUUCCCAGGGCCCCCCAUGCACUGGCUCUUCGGACAUGCCCAGGAGAUCCAGCAGACGGGGAGCCUGGACAAGGUGGUGACCUGGGCCCACCAGUACGAUUAUGCCCACCCACUCUGGCUUGGACCGUUCCUUGGCUUCCUGAACAUCUAUGAGCCGGACUAUGCCAAAGCUGUGUACAGCCGAGGGGAUCCGAAGGCUGCAGAUGUGUAUGACUUCUUUCUGCCGUGGAUUGGGAAAGGCCUCCUGGUCCUCCAGGGGCCCAAGUGGUAUCAGCACCGCAAGCUGCUCACACCUGGCUUCCACUAUGAUGUGCUGAAAUCCUACGUGGCUGUGUUCACCAACUCCACACACGCUAUGCUGGACAAGUGGGAGGAAAAGGCUCGUGAGGAUAAGAGCUUUGACAUCUUCUGUGACGUGGGCUACAUGGCACUGGACUCCCUCAUGAAGUGCACCUUUGGCAAAGGAGACAGCAGUCUGGGCCACAGGGAAAGUAGCUACUACUCGGCUGUCCGCGAUCUCACUCUGCUGAUGCAGGAGCGCAUCGAGUCCUUCCAGUACCAUAACGACUUCAUCUACUGGCUCACCCCACAUGGCCGCCGCUUCCUGCGGGCCUGCCAGGCAGCCCACGACCACACAGACCAAGUCAUCAGGGAACGAAAGGCAGCCCUGCAGGAUGAGAAAGAGCAGGAGAAGAUCCAGAACCGGAGGCACCUGGACUUCUUGGACAUUCUCCUGGGGGCUCGGGAUGAAAAUGGGAUCAAGUUGUCAGACGCAGACCUCCGGGCUGAGGUAGACACAUUCAUGUUUGAAGGCCAUGACACCACCACCAGUGGCAUUUCCUGGUUUCUCUACUGCAUGGCUCUCUACCCCCAGCACCAGCAUCGUUGUCGGGAGGAGGUCUGCGAAAUCCUUGGGGACCGGGAUUCCUUCCAGUGGGAUGAUCUGGUGAAGAUGACCUACUUGACCAUGUGCAUCAAGGAAAGCUUCCGCCUCUACCCACCAGUGCCCCAGGUAUACCGCCAGCUCAGCAAGCCUGUCAACUUUGUGGAUGGCCGUUCCCUACCUGCAGGCAGCCUGAUCUCUCUGCACAUCUAUGCCCUCCAUAGGAACAGCGCAGUGUGGCCUGACCCUGAGGUCUUUGACCCUCUGCGUUUUUCCUCUGAGAAUGUGGCCAGACGCCACCCCUUUGCCUUCAUGCCCUUCUCUGCUGGGCCCAGGAACUGCAUUGGGCAGCAGUUUGCUAUGAAUGAGAUGAAGGUGGUCACAGCUCUCUGCUUGCUCCGCUUUGAGUUCACCCUGGACCCCCUGCAGCUUCCUGUCAAGAUGCCCCAGCUGAUCCUGCGCUCCAAGAAUGGCAUCCACCUCUGCCUGAAGUCGCUACGCCUGGGCUCUGGGAAGUAGCUCUGCUGAGAGCAGGGUCCCAGGCAGCCCAGAGACUGUGGCUCUCCCUGGAUACUACCCUCCUCAGGCUGGACUGUAGAAUAGCUGUGGCUCUCUGUCUUGGGAGGCUUGUAGUUUAGAAGGCAAGCAGGCACCCACAUAAACAAUCUCCCGGAGGGCAGUGCCAUGCAGGCAUAUGUGUCCAGAAAUGCUUAGUAUAUAUGUAUUCUAGAGCUCAUUCAUUUAUUCAGCAAACAUAUGGUGAACACCUACUUGUUUCUGGAAUCUUCCUUUAUCUCCUAUAAUUGGCAAUAUUUCUAGAAUGUAGCAGAAACUUAUAUGCCAGUUGUGGUGACACAAUGAAUACAAUGGAAGCUGUGUCUUGGGCUUCAUGAUUAUGAUCAGUCCCUCAUGUACUCCCUAUGAAAGAGGGAUGGCUUUUGGGCUUUCCCCUUCACUGAGAUAUAUGUCUCUGCUUAACUGUGUUUGUGCAUGUGUGUAAUAUAACAGACAUAAAGACAAAUUGGGUAAACAAAAUGGUACAGGGGCACCUGGGUGGCUCCGUUGGCUAAGCCUUUGGCUUAGGUCCUGAUCCCAGGGCCCUGGGAUGGAGCCCUGUAUCAGGCUCCCUGCCUAGUGGGGAGCCUGCUUCUCCCUCUCCCUCUGCUGCUCCCCCUGCUUGUUCUCUCUCUCUGUCAAAUAAAUAAAACAUUUAAACAAACAAACAAAAAUGUACAAGACAAUGAAUUUCUAAAGUAAAUUCCCAGGUAACCACCAGUAAAAUCAAGGAAUUUGGAAUAUGUUUUUCCAGGUGAAUCUUCUACCCCUCCUGAGACAGGUCUCUGUAGCUCUCCUACUACCGUCAGCAUCCAUGCCACAGUCACUCAGUGAUCUGAGCGCUCAGGCUUUUGUUGAGAAAGGUGGCAGAGUGGCAUUCAAGGGGGGUUUCCUGGAAGAGAUAGUGCUUGAAUCAAACCUUGAGGUAUAAAGGUGCCGAGAAUGACUUUAGGGGAAGGCUUUGGGCUGGGGCCACAUGACAGAUUAGAGAUUCUUCACUGUAGUCCCUGCAGCAUGUACCUCUAGAGUUCAAGGUCUAAGGCCACUAGUGGGUUCUAAUCCAGGAAUUAGACAACAGUGGAAGGGAGGACACUGGAGACUAAGGGGAAGGAUCAGAGAGAGGAAUUCUAGCUCUGGGACUUGGGGAUAUCUCUGUUGCCCUGGGGACGUACCAUCUGGAGACACAUCCUUCCUGCUAUUCAUCCUUUCCCUCUUAGAAGAAGACCACAGCCUUGGAAGGUUGGCUAUGGGCCACCUGCUCACUCCUGCAAAGCCCCGUCAGGACCCAGACCUUCUUGCCCACCUGAGGCUGGGAUACAGAGACCUCAGCCAGGGUGUCACCCAUGCCACCAACUUCCCUCUCUGUCCUGCCCCUGGACAGAUCUUUCUCCAUGCCAGCAGAGGAAUGUGGCAGUAGUUAUCACCUGCGAGCAGAACCCAGAGGUCAUAACCAACUGUGGCCAAUGGGUGGUACUCAAGUUUAAGACUUACCUACUUUCAUUACCUCUGGAUUAUCAGGAGAUUUAUGAGGCAGGAUUUACCCUACUUCAAUGUCAGAGGAAGGAAACUGCCAAGA